GCCAUGAGUUCGAUUCCUGGAACGGAACACUUCCCUGUUCCAAUCGUGGGUAGUUGGGGCCUCAGUUUGGCUGGGAUGAAUUAGAGGAUCUUAUUAUGGAGGACGGAAUUGGAGUUUUUAUAAAGUCGAGGGACUUCAUUGGAUGAAGCUGAAGUAGGAGAUAAAAAAAUCGAUGAAAGACUAAAGUAGGCAGCCUGAUGACUCUCAUGGCAAACCUCCCAAGCUCCUCUACUUUACAUUUCUCUCAGCCUCUCCACGCCGACCAAUUCAUUCAUUCGUCCGUUCGUUCAUCCAUUCAUCUUCUUUUAUCUGCAUCUCCGACCGGUUCGGGUUCAGUCGUUAGGAAUGUUCCGAACGACGACAGCCCACCAUCGUCAUCUUAUCAUAUGUAUGGCAUGUAAAAUCUUAUGUCUCUCAUUGCUUCUUCUCCUCUACCUCCUCCUCCGCUCCUUCGAGGAGACCGGUGGUUCUGCCAUCGCAGGCGAGCAUCGCAUCAGAGGCACGAACCAGAUUCGGACUCCUCGUUUCAAGGCAAUCAAGCAGAACGAAGAAAAGAAUAAUCAGUUUUCGGUUACUCCGAGGCGAAAGAAACCGAACGACAGGCCGGAGCUAUGGCCCCACUGGCACAAGGGUCUUCUACCUUACGCCGGGCACCCAGGCCUGCUAACUGCGACAGUGACUCCCGGUGUCAACCUCGGGAUGAAUGAGUACCUGGUGGACGUCCUCAUCGGUACUCCUCCAAAGCGCCGGUCGCUGAUUCUCGAUACCGGGAGCGACCUCACUUGGAUUCAGUGCGCUCCUUGCCGGGACUGCUUCGAUCAGAGAGAGCCUUACUUCGAUCCUCGGCGGUCGAAUUCUUUCCAGAACAUAAGCUGCCAUGAUACGAGGUGCCGUUUGGUCAAGUCGCCUCCUGAUCUUUCCCGGCCUUGUGAUGCUAAUGAUUCUACACAGACGUGCCCUUAUUACUACAAUUAUGGGGACAGCUCCCACACGACCGGGGACUUUGCCGCUGAGACCUUCACGUUCAACCUCACCUCCGCGACCGGGAACUCUGAGUUCGUAAGGGUGAAGAAUCUUAUCUUCGGAUGUGGCCAUCGGAACAGAGUUAAUUUCCGAGGGGCCUCCGGAAUGCUAGGACUAGGGAGAGGCCCGCUCUCGUUUUCCACACAGCUCCAGUAUCUCUACGGUAACGCCUUCUCCUACUGCCUCGUCGACUCGAAUGCAGGGAGAAAUGCCACGAGCAAGCUGGUCUUCGGGUCGAGCCGGAACCUCUCGGGACACCGGCCGAUGAACUUCACCUCAUUCGUAACUAAAAGGCCGAAUCUCGAUGAGACGUUUUACUAUCUCCAGAUAGAGUCGGUCUCGGUGGGAGGGGAAGUCCUAACCAUACCAAAGGAGACAUGGGAGGUGUCCCCCGAUGGGUCGGGUGGUACAGUCAUAGAUUCCGGGGCCACGCUCAGCUUUUUCAUCGAACCGGCUUAUGAGAUCAUCAGGGAGGCGUUUGCAAAGAAGGUGAGAGGUUAUCCGGUCGUUGAAGAUGAGAGGUUCGACCUAUGUUACAGGGCAUCUGGCAAGGAAGAACUGGACAUGCCCGAGUUCCGGAUUGCGUUUGAUGAUGGAGCUGAGUGGAACUUCCCAGCCGAGAAUGUCUUCAUGCGAUUCGAGCCCGAAGGGAUCGUGUGCCUAGCAAUAUUGAGGAUCGAUAACGAUUGGUUCUCGAUCAUUGGGAACUACCAGCAAAAGAAUUUUCAUGUGCUGUAUGACCGAGGAGAAUCGAGGCUUGGAUUCACUACCAUGAGAUGUGCUGACGUUUGACUUACUGUUUGUCUGUCAAUUCCUUGUAUUUAAUAUUUAGCCCAUAAGAAUUCUUUUAUUAAGGAA